CAGACUUCCGACUCCAACAGGGCGGGGGACGGCGCGUUUCCUCCGCCCGCGCUGAAGCUCGGGCAAAGCGGAGCAUCCUUAACCCGAGCGGCGGCCGGAGCUGCUUGCCUGAAUAAGCAGCAGUCAUCUGCCCUCCUUCAUUCAGCAGGUGCUUCUCGGUGAAGAGAAUUCAGAGAGCCCAGAGAUGCCUUGGCCAAGCAGAAAGAGAGAUAAAGGAGCAGCAGCAGAUAAAAAGGAGCCUGAUGCUAAAAUUGCCAAGACUGAGGAGGAGACUGAAGAUAAGGAGGAAGAGGAAAAGUCCACGAAACCUCCAGCUGGGAGCUCCAAGUCAGGAUGGAAGAACUGGAAAAAGGCAAAAGAAUCUGAUUCUGGUGGAGAGGAAAGCAAGAUAACAUAUUGCCAUUGGCUUCUGAAAUCGGAACCAGAGAGCAGGCUUGAGAAGGGAGUGGAUGUGAAAUUCAGCAUUGAAGACUUGAAGGCUCAGCCCAAUCAGACAACCUUCUGGGAAGGAGUAAGAAACUACCAGGCAAGGAACUUCCUGAGAGCCAUGAAACUUGGGCAACAGGCAUUCUUCUAUCACAGUAACUGCAAAGAGCCUGGCAUUGUUGGCAUUGUCAAGAUUGUAAAGGAAGCAUACCCUGAUCACACACAGUUCGAUCAGAAGGAUCCUCAUUAUGAUUCCUCCAGCAGAAAAGAGAACCCCAAAUGGUCCAUGGUGGAUGUCCAGUUUGUGCGGAUGACAAAACGUUUCAUCCCCCUUUCUGAAAUCAAGACUCACCACCUGGCACAUAAAGCAGAUGGAGGGCCCCUAAAGAACAUGAUGCUCUUCUCAAGACAACGUCUUUCCAUCCAACCACUGACACAAGAGGAAUUUGAUUUUGUCUUGAGCCUGGAAGAGGAAAAGCCACAUUAAGAAACUGACAGCAGCACAGCUUGCACCCAGCCCAUUGAUGCCUCCUCCUAAACCAGCAUAAUUCUCAAGUUUACUUACUCAACCACAGCAAGGAGAACAAGCCUGCAAACGAUUUGAAGCUUUAUGUUCCUUACCCCAACACUGUUGUUUGUUGUUGUUUUUUUGUGCUUAUUUUUAAAUAAAGCCUUUUAGAAUCAA